UAGAUGUACAAGCAGCAGAAGCAAACCUCCCCUCCGCUCAUUGCUGGUGGUUCAGACUCGGGUUGUCGAUGUAGAUCGAUCCAGUGCCACCCUCCUCGGUUAUUUUGCUUGGUGGUACGUGGAUAUGCUCGUGUAUUAGUAAAUCAUGUUGUUGACGCAGCAGGAGCGCUUGGUGCCACGUCCACUUCAUCUAAUUAUGUGAAUAUAGUGCUUGACAUGCUCGGUUCAUCCUCAUUGGCGUCUAAACCUGAGGCUCCUAACUUUCUCAAAUGUUCUCCGGUUAUUCCCCCUCUUCUUCAGAUCUGAUUAAUUUGGCAUGGGUACGCAUACAAUCGGAAUGAGUAAGCUGCAAGCCACUGUUCAGCAAAUCCAGGGUAUCUUUGACCAGUGCUUAGCUGUUCAUGAUAAGCUAGAGACAUCAUUGCACGAUUUGUCUAGGACCGGAGGCGCUAAAUCUUGCAAAGCAGCUCAUAAAGCUGCUGAUGCACAGUUUAAGGAAUUAGUGAAAGAGCUGAAGCGGCUGUUGUUAUCUGUAUAGUCAUCCCCUCAGUCUUAUCAGAUAUGGCCAAAGCUAGAGGGCUUGGUUGCGAAGGAGAGGGAGAUGCAGGAGAAGCUCAUGGCAAGGCAUGCGACCGUGGUUGACAGCUUUGAGAAGAAGCAGCGUAGAUAUUUGUUGGAGGCCAUGACUCCAAUGUCAAGUGUUCGCUCCAUAUGGGGAAGUCGUCCAUGUCAAGAUCCCUGUUUGGAAGAGAUGUGGCUAAAUUACUCCUGUCACUGCAUAUUCAGGCCUUCUGCUGAGCAAGCUCUGCAACUGCUGCAUGGGACCUUUUUUGGUGGUCAGAAUGUGAGCCUUUCAUGGGGAAGAAGCCCUUUGAACAAACAAACUCAGGCAUCGUCAUGGGUGAUUGUAGUUACAUUGCCUCGUUCACACUUACAUCCACCAUCAAUCAGCUCCAUGGAGAAAUGAAACCUGUCAUCAUUUUGUCCGACUAAGAAUGGAGUUACUUGUGCAAGUUACACCAUCCGCAAACACAUGAAAACCUGCAUGCUAUCAUCGCAAGUUGAGCAUUUACAUGCUCCAAGUCAAUCUGUUAGGGAGAAAACAAAGGCUUGUGUUCCUAUUCGUAAUUUUUUGUUUUAUCAGUGGGCACCUUAUCUAUCUGUAACAUGUGGCCUGUGCAACUGCAAAAGUAUUGGGCAAUAAAAAUUCUGUGUAACACAUGUUCUUAUA